UCUUGCAACGCUGAAAGUGGUCGUCAUCUACAGUAUCCUGCGCUACAUAAAGGUGACCGGUUGGCUGACUCCACCAUCACACUCGCGUUGGCCCUUGAACUCCUCUCUCACGUGACCAAGCCCCUUUCCUUCACAUCCAAUCCCGACAUGGAGCCCAUCAAGGUCCAAUCAGAAGGUGGACUGAAUGUGACCCUCACCAUCAGGCUGCUGAUGCACGGCAAGGAAGUUGGAAGCAUCAUAGGAAAGAAAGGAGAAACGGUGAAGAAAAUGCGUGAAGAUAGCGGUGCUCGAAUUAACAUCUCAGAGGGGAACUGCCCCGAACGGAUAGUCACCAUCACCGGGCCGACAGAUGCUAUUUUCAAGGCCUUUGCCAUGAUAGCCUACAAGUUUGAGGAGGAUAUAAUCAACUCUAUGAGCAACAGUCCAGCCACCAGUAAACCCCCUGUAACCCUGAGGCUCGUCGUCCCGGCCAGUCAGUGUGGCUCGCUCAUCGGCAAAGGAGGCUCCAAAAUCAAAGAAAUGAGAGAGUCCACGGGAGCUCAGGUCCAGGUUGCAGGCGACAUGCUCCCCAACUCCACCGAGCGAGCGGUGACGAUCUCAGGCGCUCCCGAAGCCAUCAUCCAGUGUGUCAAACAGAUAUGUGUGGUGAUGCUUGAGUCCCCACCGAAAGGUGCCACCAUCCCCUACCGCCCCAAGCCUGCCUCCACCCCUGUCAUUUUUUCAGGUGGCCAGGCUUAUACCAUUCAAGGACAGUACGCCAUCCCACAUCCAGAUCAGUUGAGCAAGCUCCACCAGUUGGCUAUGCAGCAAACCCCCUUUACCCCCCUCGGACAGACCACCCCUGCCUUCCCCGCAGCAGGUCUGGAUGCCAGUAACCAGGCCAGUACUCAUGAACUCACCAUUCCCAAUGAUCUAAUAGGCUGCAUAAUCGGACGCCAGGGAACCAAAAUCAACGAGAUCCGUCAGAUGUCUGGGGCACAGAUCAAAAUUGCUAACGCCAUGGAAGGGUCAUCGGAGCGCCAGAUCACCAUCACAGGGACCCCCGCCAACAUCAGCCUGGCCCAGUACCUCAUCAAUGCAAGGUUCAGAGACGUGGCGGCCAUGUGGAACGACCCAUCUUCCAUGACCACAUCCUGAGAUCCCUGACUGGCUCCUCCGUUUGGCCCUUUCCAAUGACUGACUACCGCCGACAACCCUGAUGAAGCCCUUCGGACUCUGGCUCUGGCUCUCCGAAAAUAGAAACCACCUUCCCACCCUGGUUCAAAGUUGUUGUUUGUACAUCAGGGAGGGGCGGGCGCUUAUAUUUAUUUUUCCGAGAGCCAGAUUAAAUUUAAAAAAACAAAAAAACAAAAAAUAAAUUCUCUGUUGAUUAGGGUUUUUUUUUAGCGAACUGUUGAAGCAUGUUGAAUGUUUAUUAGGAACAACUUGUGUUAAUCUUUCUUCUUUUUCUCUCUAUCUAUUACUUUCUCUCUCUCUCUGUCAGUGCUGCGUCAUAGAAAAUUAAUUUAAAAGUAUACAAAGUAAAAGAUUGAACAUUUUUGUAGAACGUAGUUAUUUGCAUAUUAACAGCUGCUCAGUGAUGCUAUCGGCAGAGUGUGUGGUGGGAUGUAGCCAAAUUAUCAAAUUUUGAUAAUAUAUAUUUGAAAAUAUAAAUAUUGGACUUUUCUGCUUUUGUCCUAAUUUGCAUCUUUGUCUACUUACAAAUCCAAUACUCUACCCGCGACUCUUUGCUGCAUCACAUGACCCUUUUAAGCCAAUGGUAUCACUCCUUAGAGCCUCCCUUCUCAUGUUUAUUUCCUAUACUUACAUUAUCACUUAUAUUGCAUGUGUUCAUUGUGUCGUAUCGUUGCGUAUUUGAGUAAACCUGUUCAGUGUACGUGUUCCUUCAAAUGUUAUUAUUGUAUCUUACAGCUCCCGUUAUUUUUCCGCAAUCUUUUUCAGCAUUUUUGGCCGUUCACGUCUAGUCCUACUCCCUGCCCAAAAGAGAAACUUUCCGACAUAGCCUCCUUCUAUCGAGACCGAUUAUUAGUAUGUAGAUGCAUGAAUGGGAAUUAGUGAAAAAUCAGUGGCUAAAAACACUAACUGAAAAUUUAAAAAUGAUUGUUUACUAACUUAUUAUUCUACUGUAUUUGUUUUGUACAAAGACUUUUGUGAUUUAGCACAUUAGUCGACUACGCGGCGCUCAUGCAAUAGACUACUCAACACUUUACUCUGGACUGCCUCUGAUGUGGGAGGAAUUAGUUGGACUUAAAAGCCAAGUGUUGCGUCCAAACCUUUUCGGCUUCCUUCCCUUGUUUCGGAAAAUAUUUGUUAGGUAGCAAAAACAAAAAGAAGUUUGUUUGGGGAGGGAGCGAAAACCAAGGGAACGAAGCCAACUUUCCUAGUUUGGACGAAGCCGAAUGGUAUUUUUUGGGCCAAGGAAUGUUCAGGGGUUCAUUGGGGGGAACCCGCGGGGCCUGGGCGGACGUGACCACUCAGUCUCUUUUUCAAGAUUGUUCAUCUUGUCAUGUUGUUUUCUUUCUUUCUUGUUUUUUUUUUGUUGUUGUCAUACGGUUGAUUUGACGCAUUAGGUUUGAAUGUCUUUUUAUUGUCACGACUUUGUCAGCAACUUAAUUGUUUUCAUUUAAAAAAGAACGGACAGGUUGGAUGACAAUUCCUGCUUCUCUGGUUUUCAGUAAAAACCAGCAUGUAUUUAUUUAUGGUGUGGUGAUGCACAUGACUUUUUGUUUGUCGAUCAUGACACUUAAGCUAAGUUAGUUUUGUUGUAUUGUAUUUAAUUUGAGAGGGAGGUGUGGAUGAUACUUGGUAUGAUCCAGUAUUCAUCCCUCACAUGUUCUACUCAUAAGGAUGCUCUAAAUACUAUUGGACAGCUUGAGUCAUGUCAUUUCCGAGCUUCAGCUGAGCUCAGUUAAGUUUUGACACAUACAAACAGCUGUUGAAUGUUAUUGUCGAAUCACAUUAUCUGUCCAAC